AUGUCAGAACAACCCCCUACCUCUCAAGAUCCAACCAAGGCAAAUUGGAUUGCAACUCACGAUGAAUUCAUGGUUGAACGAUUGAAAAAUUUACAUUUCACUGGAAAGCGUUAUAAUGAUAUUUAUGUAAACAAGAUUCCUCUUCGGAAUUCAUCUCUAUCUGGUUAUGCAUACAUAGAAGAAAUACUUAAAGGUCAUAGGGAACGAUGCCUUCAAAAUUGCAUUAGGGCAAUAGAUGGUACCCAUAGUCAAAUGAGUAGUGGUGUUGAAGAGCAAGCUCCAUAUCGGAACAGGAAAGGCUUUUUAUCACAAAAUGUAAUGGCAGCUUGUUCUUUUGACCUUCGCUUUGUACUUGCUAGCUGGGAGGGAUCAUCAUCGGAUUCUUCUGUAUUAAAAGCUAUACUAAAAUCUGGUUUCAAGGUUCCUAAAGGUUAUGCGAAAACAUGGAACUUCAUAGCUCCAUUUGGGGGUGUGAGGAAUCAGUUGAAGGCUUAUGGUCAGGGAAAUUUAGCCCCACGAAAUGCAAAGGAACUCUUCAAUCUUCGGCAUUUAUCUCUUCAGAACGUUAUUGAAUGUGCAUUUGGUGUGUUGAAGAAAAGAUUCCCUAUUUUGAAAGUGGCAACAACAUAUCCUUAUGAAACACAAGUUAAGAUUGUCGUUGCUGUUUGUACUUUCCAUAAUCAUAUCCGAACUAUAACAGGUGGUGAUGAUUGGCUCUAUGAGGAGUAUGAUAGGGAUUUUGCACAUGGAUCAGUUGAAGGAACAAAUAUUCAACAUAAUGAUGUAAACCCUCAACCUGAUAAAAAUGAUGGCGAUGAAUUGCGAGAUCAUAUUGCUAAAGCACUUUGGGAUGACUAUUGUGCUCACCGUCGAGCAUAA